CGUGUGCAAAUAAAGAACAUGUCCCAAUUCUCAUUCAGUCCAAUAUCAAGCUUUAUUUAUUCAACAGUAUAACACCAUAAUUUGUCUCUGCAUCUUAAUUAAAAAAUUCGCAACGUUAAUCCAAAUCCAAAAAUAAAAUGGAGGGUCAAGCCGAAAAUAAUUUGGUUUCGAUAAGCCUAGAAAAUGAGAAAGAACCCGAGUGUCUAAAAAUCGUACGAGACAUGAUGGCAGACAGUGAGAAAUUGAAGCCAUUGAUGCAGUUCUGGCCAGAAAAAUUGCUCCUUAUGUUCAUCCGUACGUACGAUUUCAACCCGACAAACAUCUUGAGAGUGAUAAAUUCCUUGCACAAUGGCAUAACGGAAAUGUACCCUGACUUGUUCGGACUUAUAAAUCUGUCCGAACUAAAGCCGAUUUUGGACAAGAAAAUGUUCAGGCUGGUGAAGCAUGCAAGUCCAAAGAAUCCUGGCGUUGUAAUGUUUCACUUUAAAAAUUGGAAACCGUCCGAAAUCCCGAUCGAGCAAUUAAUCGCUGUCGGAACCGUGUACUACUACCAACUUGGCCGGGAGUCCAAAGAUAUUCAGAAAAACGGAAUUAUCAUUUUGGUAGACGCUGACGGACUUGGGUUCAGUCAUGCCCGCCAACUUUCGUACGAUUUGGUCAAGAAGCUUCUAUACUGUAUGGUAUACACGUCCCCGGUCCGAGUUACCGGUUACAUUGUGUACAAUAGCUCCUACCUCAUGGAAAAGAUUUACAGCGUGGUCAAAUACGCGGUGCCGGAACGGGCGAGGAAAGAUAUAUACCUCCUCAAAAAAGACCUAACCGUGCUGCACAGGAUGGUUCCGGAUAAACAGUUUUUGCCCACUUGCGUCGGGGGAGAAGUCCCGAAUGACGACGCGUUUCAAGAAGACGCUGAGGAAGCAGCGUUUGAGGACCUCACGAUACAAAAUCUUGUGACAGACCUGCAAAGAGAGGUCGGCCUGGGGAAGAAGUGAUGUAAAGACGAUAUAAUAUUUUAUGUAUUUAAUACCUAAGUAAAAUUGAAAUUUAGUAAAAUUGAAAUAUGUAAUAAGUACACAAAUACAUGGGUGGGUCACAUUUUUCCCUACAAACAGGGUGGUUUAAAUAACACACAGCAAUGGGAAAUUUUUCCAAGAGAAAAGCCCAUAAAUCUUCACUAGUUAGAAAUUUGGGAUUGAGAUUUUUGUUGAUUCUUAACAACGCUAAUGAUAAAAAUUCUUAAAAUAUUGAAUUUCAGAAAAAAAUUUCGGUAACUAAUGGAAAUUCACAAAUUUUACAUGCUGCCGUUACAUUAAAACCACUUUGUACGAUGUAAGAUUUUUCAACGGGACAAAUCAUAAAUUUCCAUUAAGUUUUACCUCUAAAAUUCACCAUUUUACGAACUUUCUCAUUAUAUACUCCAUUAGUUUUACAUUAGGGUUGAAUAGUCAGGAAAAAUCUCAAUUCCAAAACCGCACAACUAAUGGAAAUUUAUGGCCUCUUACAUUUGAAAAAUUUUCCAUUUGUAGCGACAUAUUUAGGCAAACCAAUCUUUGCAUAUUUGUUAUUUCCAAAAUGUACUUAUUUCUCUAUCCAUUAUGUUAAAUUCUGUCUUACGGUCUUCUCAUUAAUCCAUCGCGCAAUCAAUACAUAAAUUAUUCAAGUUAAGUGAGCACACACUAUUUGAAGACUUACUUAUAUCACACACGCUCAGCUCUUAGCAGAGCCAAAUUUCUUGGAAUAUUCCUGCCUAUUCUCAGUUUUGGUCAAAGUUCAUACUAAUUAAAAUACGUGUAUAAAUACGUUUCUGAGUAUUAAACUUAAAUAUUUUAGUAA